AGCUGUUGAAUAUUAAAAUAAUUAAGUAAAAAAUGGCAAAAGGAAGAAAAAGCGCCCCAUCUGGAGAGCGGUCCUCACUUUUCUCUAAGCAAAGUCAUUUUCACCCACGAGAAGUAGGUGCAUAUAGAUUUGUAUGGUAUGGCUUCUAUCUGGUUCAUAUUUUGGCAGUACUCUUAGGAGUUUUCCUCAGGACAAACUAUUAUUUCACACAUGAUAAAUAUCCAGACAGAAAGGAAGUAACAACUUUUACUCAAAUAAAGUUGGUAAAUUCAUUUAUGCUUGUUUGGCCCCUUCUACUCAUAUUGGGGACUUAUCUAACAGCUCCAAGAGAUGAAGGAGAUAGUCAAAGUGCUAGGACUUACAGAAUCGCUUUCAAUUUAAAUGUGGGAGUUCAAGUGCUUUUGAUUUAUUUGGUAUAUUACUCAAUCUACUACGCUACAGAAGUAGCAAAAGGAAUAGCAGGACAAGAAGUAAUUAGUGGACAUAUUUUCGUUGGUUUCCUCUCAUCCAGCUCUUUCCUGAGUACUACUAUCUAUAUCCACCAUUUCAGGAAAAAUGAUAGCCAAGUGCAUAAGAUCUUCCAGCUAUUAUGAUUCUUGUACUUGCUUCACAUGGCAUAUUCAUUUUUCUGGACUGCUUUCAUCUACCAUCACACUUUUGAUUCUCUUUUUGGACUUCUUCUGGGCUCAGUCCUGUCAUUCCUGAUCCAAUGCUCAGAUGGAUUAAACUAUUUCGAGAUGAAUAUCCCUACAAUUGUCUAUGCUAUCAGGUUCAUGGCAGGCACAAUAAAGCAAGCGAUCGCAGAAUUUGGAGAAUUAUAUAAGGAAGAAGGAGAUUUCAGAGCAAGCAUUGUCAAGCCUAGUGAUAGAGACAUUUUAAGAUAACUUUAGCAACUGUUCAAUAAGA